CAAUGCUGGUGUUUGUGCAACGGCCCCUGAGUGGCGGCUGGUCCUCUCAGAUUGCUCUCGCUUGACUACCAUUGCUGCAGGCAUUUCUGAAGCGAAGGCAAGUUGGAUGGCUUGAUCCUGGGAUGCAUCGACAGAGACAGGGCAAGAGAGAUCCGGUUUUGAUGUGAAGCACAACAAAGGAGAGAGGCUGACCACAUGACACAGAUUCAGCGCUGGUUUUUUAGGCCAUAAAAGAAAAGAGCGUCCACCUCAGCACUACUAGGAAAGAGGAAGAGGGCGGUCCUCUCCAGCCACAUUAAAAGAAGCUUUAAGCUGCAUUUGUGCUGUGGGUUGGCAGGUGAGCGCUAAACUGUGUGCCAAAGCGAGGUAAAGAGGGAGAUAAAGGAAGAGGACCAAGACUGGGAAGAGUAGGUAGGGGACGAGGAGGAGUGGAAGAGUGGGUCUAAGUGAAGAGCUGGCAGGAUGGGAGACAAACAAUUUGGUCUCCCUGCUAAGCUGAUUAAUGGGGGCGUGGCAGGCCUGGUCGGUGUGACAUGUGUAUUUCCUAUUGACCUGGCAAAGACUCGUCUACAGAACCAGCAGGGCAUCCAAGUUUACGAAGGAAUGUUCGACUGUCUGGCGAAGACCGUACGCUCAGAGGGCUAUUUUGGAUGCUACCGAGGUGCAGCAGUAAACCUCACGCUGGUCACACCAGAGAAAGCAAUCAAGUUGGCUGCCAAUGACAUCUUCAGGCAGAAGCUCUCUAAGGAUGGGCAUUUGCCCCUGUGGGGAGAGGUACUGGCCGGUUGUGGGGCUGGGACCUGUCAGGUGGUGGUCACCACCCCUAUGGAGAUGCUCAAAAUCCAGUUGCAAGAUGCAGGAAGGCUUGCUGCACAAAGGCCCGCUCCAGCUCCGGCUCAGGCGGCUGCUCCUGGCCCCGCUCCAUCAUUGGUGGCCCCCCCACCUCAAGCCCAAUCAACACCUCCACAGCGGCCGUCAGCCACCGGCAUCACGUUGGAGCUGCUGAGGACUCGUGGCCUGGCUGGCCUUUACAGGGGAGCGGGAGCUACCUUAAUGAGGGACGUUCCCUUCUCAAUGAUUUACUUCCCACUAUUUGCCAACCUCAACGCGCUGGGCCGGCAGAGUGCUGACGGGUCGGCUAACGUACAGGCUCACGCACCAUUCUGGCAGUCCUUUCUGGCAGGCUGUUCUGCUGGCUCGGUGGCAGCCGUGGCCGUCACACCGCUGGAUGUAAUAAAGACUCGUCUGCAGACAUUGCAAAAGGGUGAGGGAGAGGACACGUACAAAGGAAUUGUUGACUGCACAAGGCGCAUCAUGAGGAGAGAGGGUCCAUCUGCAUUCCUGAAGGGUGCAACAUGUCGUGCUUUAGUCAUCGCCCCUCUUUUUGGUAUUGCACAGGGUGUUUACUUUCUGGGGGUAGGGGAGGUAAUUCUAGGUUUUUUGGGAUAGCAGUGACGGGGAUUGGUGGUGGUUGAUUUGUUGUUUCUGUACAAAUAACAUCCUGCUUUAAUCUGCACGGAAUGAAUGACACAAAUGAAUGAGCAGAAGACGCACAGAGAAACAGCCACAAUCUGCCAACCAAAGGCAGAGAUAAUGAAAGGUUCUACUAACUCAUUGGGCUUGACGGUUAACAUUGGUAACAGGGUUCUGUCAGCUAAAGUGGUCCUACAAGGUCCUUUGUACAUGUGUGUUGUUGACUAACCUGAAGAUAAAGUACCGGUAUGUGUAUCAUACCAUUUACUCCAGGGUGCUGCUUGGCGCAAUAUGCCUGGGCCUGUUCCUUUCACCUGAGGGGGGUUAUUCUAUCAGGUUGUAACAAAAGAAAAGAAAGAAAAAUAAAAGUGCUGCAUGUUAUUUGAGGCUGCUAACUAAAAUGCCUACCAACAUGACCAUUUCUUUGGUGCACAAUUGUAACAUAUGUAAGUGAUGAGCUCCAAUCUUAAUCUGUUCUCACUUUUACAUGAUGUCCAACUUCAGCAUCUGAACUAUUUGGCUGUACAUCCAAAGCUAAUCAUUCAGUCUUCAGUAUGUGACGUCUUCUCUAAAACAAGAGCUUGACAUCAUUCUCCCACUCUGUUAUGCAUGCCUUCCUCUUCAUCCUGUAGGUCAGAGUUGUAAUCUUAGAUUACUUUGCUCACUGGGAGGUGCUACCUGUCAGUCUCUCUUAGGUCAUUUGUUAAUCUGGUAGUAAUGCUUUAAUCCCUGUAGUAGAAUACAAUAUACAUUAACACACAGCUAACUUCCUGCUUAAAGGCCACAGGUUCGGCUGCUGAAUCACCUUGACUUUCUGUUGUCCACAGCCCAUCGAGUUUUAAAUAAAAACGCAAGUUCAUUUUGCAGCUUGAAAACACGUUGCUUCAAAAAAUGUGUGCACGACAGAAGAAAGUGCAAUCAACGCCUUAUCAUUGCUGUUAGUUUCUAAAGCAUCAGAACUGUAAGUCUUAAAUUAAGUCAACUGGUAGUGUUGAAAUAAGUUUUGGUCAUAUAUAUAUAUAUAUAUAUAUAUAUAUAUAUAUAUAUAUAUAUAUAUAUAUAAAAAUGUGUAUAUAUGAGAGAGAGAGAGUUGUCCCUUUUUUAACAUUUUAAUGCAAAACACAUUUGAUGUGGCUACUGUACCAAGGCUACUACAUAUUUGUCAUUGUAGAGAAAACAUAGCAUGAGUAAACAGUUUAUGAAUUGUAAAUAAAUGUGUCUCUGCCA